GUAUUUAUUGCACAGUCAAGAGCUUCUGGAAGCCACCGAGAUGUUGAAGAUGAGGAGCUUACACGGAUAUUUGUUAUGAUACCAAAAUCCUACGCAGAGGAAGACCUGCGAGAGAAGUUUAAGAUGUAUGGAGACAUUGAAUAUUGCAGCAUUAUUAAAAACAAGACUACUGGAGAAAGUAAAGGUUUGGGCUAUGUGAGGUAUUUAAAACCAUCGCAAGCUGCCCGAGCGAUUGAAGAGUGUGAUCGAAGCUACAGGGCCAUUUUGGCUGAACCUAAGAAUAAGUCAUCUGAGUCUUUUGAACAUGAUUAUUACAGUAAUAACACGAGGCAAGAACCAAGAGGAAAUAUGCUUCCGUUUUGUGGGCAGCCAGAGUUUUGUAGUUUUGAAAAAAAUGAGAGCAGAAUUCAAGAGUCGAUCUCCAAACGCCUGUCGGUGGUAUCACGGCUUCCCUUCGUCCAAGAGCAGCUGUUCGCCCUCUUUGAUCUAGUUCCAGGACUGGAAUAUUGUGAUGUUCAGCGAGAUCCUCAUACCAAUAGUGGGUAUGCUGUGAUUCAGUACAGUACUGCUGCGUCAGCUAUAUAUGCCAAGUAUAAAUUACAUGGUUUUGAGUAUCCUCCUGGAAAUAGAUUAACUGUCAUUUUCCUAGAAGAUGGGAGCGAUAGCUCAGACCUCAUCAGAAAAAUGGCAACACAGCUAGUAACAGCACAUGUGUCAUCAGUGUUGCGGAAUAGCAACGCAAUUGUUCAGCAGUAUAGGACGCCUCCUCAGGCAUUUGGAGGAACUUCUGGCUCCCAGUUGCUUCAACCCCAAACAGAUGCCAUACUUCCACCACACAAAAAAAAAGUUCCACCUGACACUUCUGUGAAGGAAAGGCUUUUCAUACUUUUUCAUCCCCAUCCUUUACCUGUGAAUGUAUUGGAGGAUGUGUUCUGUCGUUUUGGACACUUGAUAAAAGUUUACCUUGUGGCUGGAAAAAAUGUGGGCUAUGCAAAAUUUGCAGACAGAGCAAGUGCCAGUGAUGCCAUAACUGCGUUACAUGGCAAGAUUGUGAAUGGUGUCAGGCUUAAAGUAAGGUUGGCAGACUCGCCUACAGAAGAAUCUAACAAACGCCAGAGAACUUACUGAGCAGAAACUAAAUAAUGACAUGACCCUCAGCUAGCUGACUGACUGA